CGACAUCGUGAAAGGAACUCGAGAUUUCAUUCAUAUUCACGAAAGUUCUUCAAGAGAGGAACUGGCGUAUAGAUCAAAUUCCGAUAUGGGAUUUAGAUUCCAAUGCGCUCAACAAAAUGUUGAGGGCAAUCAUGGAACGCAUGAUGAAGUGCGCCGAAGCGUCGUGACGGACCUGCCUCAAAGUUCUUUCUAUCACUGUCCCCAAGCUUUUGGGAGCCGAUACGCAAUCCGUCGUAAGAAGAGGACGACUUCUUUCGUACCCUUCUCACUACGACGACGACAUACACAAAACUUGUCAGCGGCGUAGAUUCCAUACGUAACCAUGCGGUGCCGUCCUGGCAGAAAAGGUCGCCGAAUGCAGUUCCGCCAUGCACUGCCUGCCCCUCCCCAAUGGACGGGCCGAGCCUACAGGAGUGCCGCCAGAUUGGAGUCGGUAGCGGAGGUUUGCCGCGACGCGGGUCGGGAGCAGAAAGAUCCGACAGCAUCAGGGGUGGGAUCUUCCCAGGGCGGAGGAAAAGCUGCUCGAGUCUUCGCUAGAUCUGCGUCAGACUGCUGGCCAGACGCAACAUUUGGGACAGAGAGAGUGGUCGACUGCGGGGAGCAGGGCGGAGAUUGAUGUGAGGCGCAUGCGAGCCCAAUUGGACUUACCAGAAUGAAAUCGUCGACCGUCUCGGAAAUCUUCCGAUAAUUUGCGGAGAAUAUGGUUCCACUUGUUCCCAUGGAAAUAGAUGUCGGUGCAGCUUCCUGCGGCUCCUGAGGAGACAGGGGUGGCUUGAAUUGGAGCGUUGGCCGGCACAAGAAGAGCCUAGCACUGUCCGAGGAGGGUGUUCAAUUGUGAAUUGCCACCCAUGUCGGGGGACGAGAUUCAGCGAUUUCGAGCAGUUCUGUUCUUUCUGGGACUCGAUCAGUCGACUACCGGGCGCGCUGUUUGCUCGUGGACCUUGUUCGUGUUCUUCACCGCCGUUGUGCCUGCAGUUGAGACAUUGUGGUCGUCUUGUGAGACUUGUGAUGAGGAGCGAAGGCAUCCAUUUCACCGUUUGGUGGAAUACGGGCAAUCUGCCUUUGCAGCUGUUGCCUUUCUGUGCCUCUCGACGAUCAUUCAAAAGUUCGGGCUGCGGAAGGUUCUGCUAUUGGACAGAAUUGACGAGUAUUCGGUAGAAGUUCGCCGCAGCUAUGAAGUCGAGCUGAAUAAUUCGUUCAAGUUGCUGCUGUGGAUUCUCCUCCCCUGUUUUGUUGUGGAGCUAACUCACAAAAUUUGGUUGUUCCGCUACAUUUAUUUCGAGUUUCCUUUCCACAUGAGAGAUCCUCUCUUUGAUAUCUUUAUGUGUGCCGGGAAUGUGCUCGCAUGGCUAUACAAGUCCACGGUGUUUCUCUUUGUAUGUGUCCUCUUCAGACUAUUGUGUUCACUACAAUUACUCCGACUUCGAGAGUACAUCAAGCUUGUGGAAGGAACAACUGACGUGCUUGUUAUUCUUCAAGAGCACUUGAGAAUACGUGAACAGCUGUCAAUAAUUAGUCACAGAUUCAGAGUGUUCUUGGUCCUAUCAAUUUUCUUGAUUACCUUCAGCCAACUCUAUUCCCUCUUGGUAAUUUCCGAUUCACAAGACACUCUGCAUUUCAUGAGCGCGGGAGAUUUACUGGUAUGCUCCGCGGUCCAGUUAAGUGGGUUCGUGAUCUGUGUAUAUGGAGCUGUGAAAAUUACUCAUAGAGCACAAGAGCUCAACUCAGUUGUAACUCAGUGGCAUGCAGUAGUUACCUGCAAUUACAAGCCUUCGAUGUACUCAGCUGAGCCUGCACAGACACUCCAAGGAGGAAGUAGUGAUCUGGAAGCACCUCUGAUUCCGUCAAAGAGACCUGCACAGAACCCAAUGAGCAUUGAGGAGUUUUACAAACGGGAAUCAUUGGUAAACUACCUGCAGCAUUCAAAAUCAGGCAUUUCGCUCUUUGGCUACACUUUGGACCGUGGCUUCCUCUAUGCUGUGUUUGGAAUCGAGUUGACGCUUACGACUUUCAUACUUGGAGAGACAUUGCUACACGAGUAGCAACGAGAGACUGCACUGCCAGUCAGCGGACUUCCAUCAGCCCUGCUCCAAAAAUGCUCGAAGAUCGAUGUCAACAACUUUGAAGAAGUGGUGCAGUGGGCAGGUUGGUAAGUCGGUUGCACCUGAAGGUCAGGGUGCAAGGGCAUAUGUAAUCAGUUCACAGCUGCGCACCCUCUUCCUGAUACACUGUAACAUACCUGUAAAUAUCUAUAGACAUUUAGAAAGCAGGAUAUGAAUCAUUCCUUCCCCAUAGAUAUUUCUCCACCUACGCAGUCAAUCGGAGUAACUUUUCGACAAAGAACCAAACUUGAGGUCAACUGAGUACACACCCUUUAUGUUUGGGCUGGUUCUAGUGAUCCAAGCUUCAGUUUGGCCCGUUAUAUUCUCAGCUUGGAAAACCCCUGUCAUUGAUCGCCAGAGUGGUGUUUCAUAAUAGGUAAUUCAUACCUCUUAAAAUAGAUUCAUAAAUAGAGCCCUGCAAACAGGGAAGGAGAAAUUCUCCUCAAGUUAUAUUAGACGAAAGGAAAGGGACCGAGACCUACUUAGGCGGCGAACCUACCGAACAUUUUGAAGGAUCAAAGAGCGAAAUGUCUUGGCAGUGUGUUGCAUCUCGAGAGGCUAUAGCAUUUCAACUAGAGACACCGAAGGCCCUGUAUUGCCUCAUUUUUGCCCAGAAUCAGUUACUCUCCCCAUAUGCUAAAUGGGGACGACCUUGAUCUUCACUUUGCGUCGAUUGAAGGCAAAAGUCUGAACACCUCUUCUUUCUUACACGCCCAGG